AUGCCUAGUAUAAGAGCGGCCGCAGCGAGGUUCUCCCGGCCCGCGUGGUCAGCCGUUGGGGUAACAGUGAUGAGGAGGAUGCAGGGCAUCGGUGGUGGCCGCGCGCCACGCUACUUCAGCGACAGCAUCCGCUCCGGCAGGGUGCUCAGCGAGGAGGAACGCGCCGCUGAAAACGUCUACAUACAGAAGAUGGAGAGGGAGAAGCUGGAGAAGUUGAGGAGCAAGAAGGCGGAUCAGGAAAAGGCCGACGCAGCAAAGAGUGCCAAAGGAAACAACGAGGAAACAAUCCAAACAAACAAGGGUGAGGGAGCUCAUCCAAGCUGA